UAACAGCACUGACAAAACUUAUUGGAGAUUUUGUUCAGUCGAGUGUUGUCGAAAUUUUCAGUCCGUCUUCGGCCUAAUGCAAGUAAUAAAUUUAAUUUGAAAUUGCACGUAGUCUUCUCGUUAUUGUGAAUUCAACCAACGUGUGCAAGAUCCUAGCAUAACAUAACCAUCAUCAGGAAAGCAAAUCAGUAUCGUGAAGUACUUGCUUGGUCUUUGGAGCGGGGUGACAUUCUACUCCUACUUCCGCUCGUGGCAAUUGAUUUUCCAGCAGAUAAUCAACUUUCUCAUUGUGCCGACUACGUCAUGCUUUCUUCGUUAUGUGAAGCACACACAACUACAGCACCUAAAAUUUAUGAGUAUAAAAAUCAAAAUGAAUGGAUUACAAGUGGUAAAUUGGGCUCUCGCGAUGCAGUAUUAGUUUUUCGAACCAAUAUUCUAAAUCCAAAGACUCGCAAGACUUUAUCAGAAACACAAUCAGUAAAAACUACUGAUUCCGAAAGCCAUAAAACAUCAGAUCCAGCGGCAACAGUAGUCAAUUGCCAAGACGAGACGCCACUAGCUAUUGCACCCCAAUCGUCUGGUAGUAAUGCAACACUAAAAGGUUCAGCACCCAGAAAGAUUUAUGUUUCUGUAAGAAAUCCAUUGAAUUGCAAACUAAUUGAAGAGCCAGUUAAACAAAAUGCAAAUAAAAAGAUACAUCAUCACGACCUCUCGUCGAGCGAUACAUCUAUCUCAAGUGAUGGAGAUGAAUCAUCGCAAAACAAUGAAAACAAUCCUCGGUUACGGCAGAAAAAAAUGGAGCUAGACUUGAAUAAGGAAAGUGGUUAUAGUUCCUCAAUGGGCGAUGAAGGCAAUUCGAUUCUAAAUAGAAGUGAGGAGGACCCGGAAAUAUCCAGUGAGGAGGACAACGAGUGUGGAACACAUAUGCCUGCCCAUAAGCUAAAAAUCACAUAUAAAUUUAUACAAACUGAAACGAAACUAUUAAGAAAGAUAUUUAACGUGCAUGGCCUUACAGAAGUUCAGGGAGAAACAAACUUCAAUUUACUAUGGACUGGAGUACACAUGAAACUAGAUACUUUAAGACAUUUGUCGCCUUACCAAAGAGUUAACCAUUUUCCGAGAUCAUACGAGUUGACCCGAAAGGAUAGACUCUACAAAAAUAUUGAAAGAAUGCAGCAUUUGCGGGGAAUGAGGCAUUUUGAUAUUGUACCUCAAUCGUUUAUUCUACCUCUGGAAUACCGGGAUUUAUUAAUAGCGCAUAACAAGUAUCGAGGUCCGUGGAUAGUGAAGCCAGCAGCCUCAAGCAGAGGUCGAGGAAUAUUUAUUGUCAAUUCGCCCGAUCAAAUUCCCCAGGAUGAGCAAGUGUUGGUAUCAAAAUAUAUUGUAGAUCCGCUUUGCAUCGAUGGUCAUAAAUGUGAUUUGCGAGUCUAUGUAUUGGUUACAUCUUUUGAUCCAUUGAUUGUAUACCUUUAUGAAGAGGGAAUCGUUAGAUUGGCCACUGUUCGAUACGAUAGAGAUGCGGAUAACCUAUGGAAUCCAUGUAUGCAUCUAUGCAACUAUAGUAUCAAUAAAUACCAUUCCGAUUAUAUACGAUCUUCGGAUGCUCAGGAUGAGGAUGUUGGCCACAAAUGGACACUGUCAGCAUUGUUAAGGCACCUCAAACUUCAGGGUUGUGAUACUCAUCUGCUGAUGCUAAAUAUUGAAGAUUUAAUAAUAAAGGCUAUUCUCGCCUGUGCACAAACAAUUAUUUCCGCAUGCCGAAUGUUUGUACCCAGCAGUAACAACUGUUUUGAGCUUUAUGGCUUUGACAUAUUAAUCGAUAAUGCGCUAAAACCUUGGCUAUUAGAAGUGAAUCUUUCACCAUCAAUGGGUGUGGAUAGUCCAUUGGAUACGAAAGUAAAAGCCUGUCUAAUUGCAGAUCUCCUCACUUGCGUUGGCAUUCCGGCGUAUAGUCCAGAAAUGAGAUCGCAUUUAGAUAGCAAAUGGACACGAUUUCGUAGUACAAGUUGUCAGAGGAGAACUGAUUCCACGGACUCGACUGCUUCAAAGAAAUCGAAAAAGAAAGGAGCCAACAGUUUUGCUAAUUUAACUAUGGAAGAGCAGCGUAUUUUACGUAAUGCUCGCUUACAGUAUUCACGUCGCGGCGGAUUUGUUCGCAUAUUUCCGACGGAUGACACAAUGCAACGAUAUGGCAAUUUUCUAGAUUCCUCGAAUGGCAUUCCAAUUUCCACACCAAAUGUGCAAGGACAAACAUUCCAAACUCUUGUUAUGCAGCACAAUUAUAACCAAAUGCUGCACUCAAAUUUAUACUGUCAGGAUCCAAGGUGCACCAAAGAGGAUAAUUUUCAAGAAAAUCGUGUCCAACAAUAUGAACGUGCCCUAGAAACCGAUGCUGAAAUACCCUUUGUGAAGAAAGUAAUUGUACCCAAAUGCGAAGAAGAAGGCCGAAAGUUACGAAAGCAAUUACUUAUAAAGAUUUCCAAUGGCUCUGAGUUGACACAAUUUCAGGCUCGACAAACAUUUAGUUUGUAUUUAGAGUCAGUCUUAAGGCGGUUAACACAAGAACCAAAGGAUAGUCACGAAAAAAUAAUACUCAAAUUUUUAAACAAAUUUGGAGGAGCUGUCAAGCCACCAGUUUUGUUUCGAAAUGCACAAACCAUAAAAGUAAUUAGCAAAGCACGAUCUGCAAUGGUUGCCAAACUGCUUGGAGACUUUCUUGAAUUAUAUAAGAGAGACACUGAAGCAUAUGUGGAUUCCUUCGAUCAUUUUGGAAUGAUACCAAGUAGUUCCUACAAUGAGUUUUUAAUUCAUGCACAGGAAUCAGAUUUAGAGGCGGUGCUAACUUUGCACACAAAUGUCACUGGGAUAAUGCCAUUUUUAUAUAAUCGAUGUGGCUUGUCGGUGCCACCGACGCCACCAAUUCCAUGCGGUUUGCACGGAUUUUUGCGUGCACUUCCUGCCAUGGUAUCAUCAUCUGGAAUGCCAAGGGAAAUCAGCAAGUAUGAUGGCUAUUUUAAGAAUUACGAUAAAGAUUGUGAAAAUGUACAAGAUAAUUCGAUAAGGUCCAAGAGCACAAGAAGAUUCUAAAUCAGUAACUUAAUUAAUUAAUCGAACAUUGUUUUCGAGUCAGAUUUUAAUAUAAUAUAUUUAGCUAAUUUAUUUAUUUAUUGUAAUCUAAAUUAAUUUUAAAUCAAAAUUCCACGCAAUUAGGCCGGAUGACAUUAAUACAGCAACAAAAUCUAAGUCAUACAACGAUCAAUAACUACUUCAUAUACACAAAACAUACAUACUCAAAACAUCUACAAAAUAUUUAUAUAUACAAGCUUCUAAAUAACUGCCUUAAAUACAGUAUGAAAUAAUUUGUAAGAAAUACUUAAUUAUUCUAUUUUCCUAAAAUGCAUUAACCAAAGCUUUUAAUAUUUACAAAUAAAAAAAAACCAUAUUUACGCCAAAGACAUGCGAAAUGGAAAGCCUCAAAUGAAAAAUUAGAUAUGCACAAAUUAUUUUUUCAAAUAUUUAUAUUAUACAAAUUUUAAAUGAUUAAAUAAAAGUCUUAACAUACUUUUGUUUACAUAA